ACCUGGUAACAACCAAUCACCGUUCAGUGCCGGCUGAAGUAGGCGGGCACCCGUAGGAGUCACGAGUUCGUGGAAGAAGUAGAGGGCAGCUGGGUGCCAGGCGGGAGCUUCCGUGUUCGGGGCAUUGCCCAACCUGCUUUGAGUCUCGUUUCGUAGAAAUGCUCCCGAUCUGAAUGUUACCCGGACGUGGUGAUCCUUCUCUCGUUCUCUUCCCCCGCCGUGUGUAGAUAUGACAAGCCGUGAUACCAACGAGAGGAGCCCUCUGCUGGGCGGCCGCUCCGAGCCCCCUGUGCCCGCUGGUUCCGUGUUCGCCGGCCGUGGCCUGGCCUGUGCCGCUGUGCUGCUUUCCGAGCUGUUGGAACGAGUGGCUUUUUACGGCAUCACUUCUAACCUGGUCCUUUUCCUCAAUGGCCAGAUCUUCGGCUGGGAAGGGACCGAGGCCAGUCAGGCGCUGCUGCUGUUCAUGGGGAUCACUUACCUGGUGUCGCCGUUUGCCGGUUGGCUGGCAGAUGUGCUGUUAGGUCGCUUCUACAUCAUUGUGGGCAGCAUGUUGCUCUACCUGCUGGGCAUGCUGCUUUUCCCUAUGGUCUCCUAUUCGCCCACCCGCACCGCUUUCUGCGGGGACAUUCAGUGGGCGCCUAUAGAGAACUGUAGCACGAGCAACACCUCCAGCGACCCCGACACCUGCCUGGCCCCGAGGCGGAGAUACUGCGCUCCCGCGCUCUUCCUGGGCCUCAUCAUUGUGGGGCUGGGAGUGGGCUCGGUCAAGGCCAAUAUCACUCCGUUUGGAGCGGAUCAGGUGAAAGACAGAGGACCAGAAGCAACGCGAAGAUUUUUCAACUGGUUUUACUGGAGUAUUAACCUGGGAGCCAUUGUAUCUCUUGGCGGGAUUGCAUAUGUCCAGCAGAAUGUAGGAUUCCUCAUUGGAUAUAUCAUUCCAGCAGUGUGUAUCGGUGUUUCCUUCUUAGUCUUUUUAUGUGGAAAAACAGUGUUUGUUACCAAACCAGCCGAUGGCAGUGCCUUCACUGAUAUGGUCAAGAUUCUGGCCUACUCCUGCUGUCCAUGGAAACAUACAAGAGAAAAUACUAGGAACAUCCUGAAUAAUCAACAUAGAAGUAAGCAGAGCAGGUUGGAUAUGGCAAAGGAAUCACAUGGUGGACCAUUUAGGGAAGAUAAAGUGGAAGAUUUAAAAGCCCUUUUAAAGAUUAUCCCUGUAUUCUUGGCGCUUAUUCCUUAUUGGACGGUGUAUUUUCAGAUGCAAACUACAUAUGUACUUCAGAGUCUUCAUUUAAGAAUACCACAGAUCUUCAAUAACAAUCACAUGCUCCCAGCUGCAUGGCUUACCAUGUUUGAUGCAGUGCUCAUUUUGAUUCUGAUACCACUCAAAGAUAAGCUGGUGGAUCCCUUUUUGAAAAAGAGAGGCCUUUUGCCAUCACCCCUUAAACGGAUUGCUGUUGGAAUGUUCUUUGUGAUGUGUUCAGUACUAGCUGCAGGUAUUUUGGAAAGUAAAAGGUUGGAGAUUGUAAAGCAAAAUAUGAUCGAACAGCAAAUUGGCAAUGUGACUUACUAUGCGGCUAAUCUGGCCGUAUGGUGGCAGUUACCUCAGUACAUUCUUAUUGGAAUCAGUGAGAUAUUUGCAAGUAUUGCAGGUCUGGAAUUUGCUUACUCAGCAGCCCCUAAAUCCAUGCAGAGUGCGAUCAUGGGACUAUUCUUUUUCUUUUCUGGCAUUGGAUCUUUUGUUGGAUCUGGACUUCUUGCUCUUGUGUCUAUUCCACAAAUUGGAUGGAUGAGCAAUCACUCUGAUCUAGGUAACAUAAAUGGGUGCACACUGAACUAUUAUUUCUUCCUUUUAGCAGCUGUUCAGGCUGCAACACUCCUACUUUUCCUAAUCAUUUCUGUGAAAUAUGAACGGCAGCAGUCCAGAGCUCAUGGCAGAAUUUAACAACAUUUGUUAAGAUAUACCAUUUUUACUGACGUGGAGCAUUUGUUACGAUGAAGGCCUGACUGAAGUAUUGUCCAGGAUAACCGCCUGAAAAGCACCAGCUUGUUCUGUAACUUCAGCUUCACUGCUCCAAGUGUCCUUCAAAGCCAAAGAUACUUGAUUUGAAGGGCUACAAACACUUUGCACUACUUUUAUUCUUCAGGACAAGACAAUUACAAAUACACUGAGGGUAUUUUAGCACUCCUGUUAGUAUAAGUGAAACUAGGUACAUUGUUAUAUGACUAAUAUUUAGUGGUCAAGUUUUUAUUUUGAAAUAUGUAAAAACUAAAACUCAAAUCAUGGUUGGUCAAACCUUUUAAGGAUGCUGCUACAAGUGUGUGUUCUGCCUAUCCUGUAGCUCUGUUUUAUUCCGUUCAAUAAUGGACUUUCAGCAUUGACGUCGAUGUGAAGUAUAUUCACGUCACUAUAUGCUUUUUUUUGGUUCAUGGUUCUUGAGUGUCAUUUCUAGCAGAGGAAGGUAAGCCUUUCUUCUUACACUAUUUUAGGUAACACCUCCUGUUUGCUAUCAUGUGUAUAUCCCAAGUACCGUAACACAGACAGGUAUAGGAUUUAUGCUUGGGAGCUGUGGUUUUAAACAUAAUCUUUUUAGAAAUUUAGAUCUCCAUUCCUUAAAGGGUGAAGACACAUGGAGCUACUAGUUGCAGCUACUUGUUGCUACAAAAUGCCAAAAAAAUACCCUGCCAUAGACAAUACCAAGAAUCUGGUAAAACACAUGUUGUGUCUUCGCAAAACCAGUGUUCACUGUUGUCUAUUUUGUAACCAUGACAAGUAGCUGCUACUAGUAGCUCUGUGUGUGUCUUCACCCAAAGGACCAGAAACAUCAAAAUAUUUUAUUAAUAAAUCCGCCUCUAAACUGCUCUAAUUAUAGGCAAAAGCUUAAACCCCCAUUGGAUUUUUUUACCAACGCCACCUAGAAUUACCGUAUAUACUCGAGUAUAAGCCGAGUUUUUCAGCCCCCAAAAUAUGCUGAAAAACUCUACCUCGGCUUAUACUCGGGUCAAGCGCAAAAACGGUCGCCGGCGCCUAAGAAUAGUAGCCGGCACCUAAGAAUAUUCGCCGGCGCCUAAGAAUAGUCAUCCAAAAACGAGAUUGAAACUUACCAGAAGCUGCUGCUUUUCUCACCCUCGGCUUAUACUCGAGUCAAUAAGCUUUCCCAGUUUUUGGAGGUAUAAUUAGGUACCUAGGCUUAUACUCGGGACGGCUUAUACUCGAGUAUAUACGGUAGGCUGCAGUUAGCCUGCAUUUCCGUAUGAGCUGAACCGGACGUUAGCUUCGAAGUAGAGGACCUUCUACACAAAUUUUUGUUUACAGCCUGUCACAACAUUACUCCUAAAGCUGUUUAAAGGAAACCGCAUUGGUGUUAGCCUGCUAAUUAUCAUGUAAACAUUAAAUAAACCCAAAGUGGAUAUGGAUUAAUACAGCUUAAUUAGGAUGAAUGAUUUUCCCUUCAUUCAGUGUGUUGUGGAUAAUUGGUUUCUGAAUAAAGGAUGCAAUACCUGUACCUGUUGAGAUCUCUUCGAGGAUCUUAAAUCAUGUGAAUGACUAAACAUGCAUUUCAUGGGUGCCAGAGCCUUUGGUUAAAAGUUCUUAUCUGAACUUUUUUGUUAUUUUUAUGACAAUGGCUGAAACAAAUUACGUUUCAUGUUUUUAUUGAAAUAAAAUAAUACAGAUUUUAAGUUUCCAGAAAUGACACAAAAAAAAACUGUCCCACAAUUGUCGCACUAUCUGGAAAGGAGAACUAAGAAUAAUAUAAAAAAUUUCCCCAAUUAGCAUAUAAAACAGCACUGAGGUAUUCACCAGUGACACAUCUACACAAUUAUCUCUAAAAAUAUAGCAUUAAGAGAUUUAAGAGUAGUACUGCUCGGACAAUAUUUAUUUUCUGGAAUUUUACAUCUGCUCGAUUUAGAAUGUAAAACGUGCAUAUGAGAUAUUAAAAUGGCUGACGUUAAGCUUUGGAUGAGCUGUAUCAAUGCAUAUAUUUAUUUAUGCAUCACACCUCCGUUAAAAAAAACAACAGAUGAUUUAUAUGUGUGUAUUCGAUAGAGUACAACUGUGUUAGGUAGUCAUUUUUUUUUCUAAAGGGAAACUCUCACGAAAAUGAAAAUGUAAUAUAAACUUCCUCACACUGAAGUACAGUAAGAGACUUGCUAAAUACAAUCACAUUAAAAAUUCUGCAUUGUUUCUGCAAUAAUCAAGUUUAUCUUCACUAUUCUUCUCUCAGCAUCUGUUUCUCUUCAUUCUGUCUUCAUAGGUGUCGGAUGAAUGAUCCAAUAUAUCUUAUGGGGGGCUCCUUUUGCCUAGAAAUAACUGAUUCCAGUACAAACAAUCUAACAAAAUAACUGCCUUUUGCACAAAUUUUGCAUAUAGAGAGACAUGAUGUCUGUUUUAAUAGAGUGCGUGCUAAUACAUCUUCUAGGCAAAAUGAGCCCCACCUAUAAGAUAUAUUGGAACUAACUGUCAAUGAAUAUCUGACACCCAACUGCUGCAUGAAGUGAGAAUGAAAAGAAACAGAUGCUGAGAGAGGAAUAGUGAAUAUAAACUUGAUUAUUUCAGGAACCAUUGCGGAAUAUUUAAUUGAUUUUAUUUAGAAAGUUUCUUAUUUCAGUAUUUUACAUUUUCAUUUUUGCGAUAGUUCCCUUUAAAAGACUACAAGUUUUGUGAGCCCCUUUUGAUUAUGCGUCUAUACCCCCAAAUGCCUCAUUUCUAUAUUGAGUAUUAUUGAGUGGCCUUUCACAUAUUUAGUGAGUGUUUGAAAAAUAAUGGUUGUUCAUAAGUUCUUUUAAUCUUUUCCUACCAUCAGCAAUACUAACAUUAACCAGUAUACAGUACUUCCUACUACUUGUGUUGCAACUUAUGUGAUGACAAAAACCCUUAGAGGUGAAUAAUGGUCUUCUUCAUUCUGAGUUUUAAAAGAAAAAAAAGUAAUCUUUACCCACUGAGAGCCUUUAUUACUGAAGAUGAAUCUUGACCUUUAGUAACUUGAAGUACAAAGCUGUUAAACACUUGAGUAUUGAGUGGAUCUUUUUUCCCCUUUAAAGAACAUAUGUCUUGUAAUGCAUUCUGCUCCCAGCCAGACCACAGUACUGUAUGUUCAGGCACACAAUGUGCUUUUGUGCUUAUAUUGAAGAUGUGCAGUAUUUGUUCUUAUUAAAGAGGUGACUACAAUAGUUAUUUGGUAUAGUGGGAGAUGUUCCAUGAUAACACUAUUUUUAAGCAAAAUGCAUCUCACAUUUUUAGGCAGUUUCUCUUAAGGUGGCCCUAGACAUAGAGAUCGCCAAACGAGCGGAUCUCUCCCCGAUAUGUCCACAUUAUGGUGGGCGAUAUCGGGCUGAUCCAAUCACGGCCCUAGGGCCCAAUGAUUGGAUCAUAAUACAUCCGAUACUGGCGGUCAGAUCGCGGGACCACAUAAACGCACAGAGGUGGCCGCUAUCCAACAGGAUUUUUUAACCUGCCUGAUUAAUAUGUGACCAACUUUCAGCCAGAUAUCGAUCGGGGAAGCAGUCGGAUGGCCCCACACACGGGCCAAUACGUUUUCACUCGGUCUGUCAGCAACUUUUAUUGGCCCGUUUAAAGGCCUGUUUAUCUCCGCUGUUAUUUUCUGCAUGUAGUCUUCCUAUUGUUUUUCACCUAGUAUCUCAAGUGCAGUUACCAGGCCUCAAAUGUAGGACUUUCUAUCACUGACUGUCUGUACUGAUGCCAGACUGGAGUAGACCAUAGCGCUGUGAGGGUAAUGUGAUUUGUUUUGUGUGUCAGUGAAAUCUGAGAAAUGUCUUGUAAUGCCAAUCUUUUCUACAGUACCUGCGGAAGCUAUUUUUGCACAGAAUAAUGUAGAUUUGCCUAAAAAUGCCUACUUUAUUGCAGACAUAUUUUGUUUCUUGUUUUUGCUUUUGUAUAGUGUUGUUUUUUUCAUAUUGUUAUAAUCUGUUUUACAUUUGUAAAUAAACCGUUUAAGUUUAAACGUGUACUGUUCCAUCAAAGAUUGCACUAAUAAAAAAGGUACAUGAA